UCUGCCCGUGCCUGUGGAGUGUGACUUCUCGUCGGUCCGUGCUCGUGCCCUAACUGUACAACCAACAUAGCUACCGCAAACGACUCAUGGAUCUGACACUCGGCAGCGGUAGACACAGACGACAUUGUUAUCAUUUUCACUGCAUUGCCUCCGCUGUCUACGCUCUACAGCACGAUUCGGUGUUCGAUCGAGAUUAUGUGCGCGUAAUUGUGAGCGCGGUCGCCAUAGAGUCGGGCCAUGUCUCUCACUCUUAAGAUUGGGUCUUUGGUCAUCAGGACCUUGGCGAAGCCCAUUGGGAAUUACAUCAAACGUAAUGCCCGCGAGCACGAAACGUUCCGCAAAUUAUGCGUCGGUUUCGCGCAGCGCCUGCACCGCAUCGACAUGCGCAUGCGAUUAGGACUGCUACAGGACCCGGCUGUGAUAGAUCGGCAGAUUGAACGUGAGGUCCGAGAAAUGGAGGCAAGGAGAAAAAGAGAUGAAGCACCGACGGUCAAAACAGAAGAGGAAACAAAGGCGGAAGAGGCCAUGACCGAGAAAGAGAGAGAGGAAGCAAAGGCGAAAAUUAAGGCGCGGAAACCUCGCAUUCGACCUCUUUCAGAAUCAAAGGCCAUAGAUUCAGGUGCCAACUUCAUAUCGGAGUCAUUCUUGUUCCUGGUAGCCACCAGUAUAAUCGUGUUCGAAAGCUGGAGGUCCAGGAGGAAAGAGAGCAACAGAAGAGACGAUGUCAACGAGAAGUUGGAGGCAUUGGAGACCGCCAUUCGUACUCUUGAAACGGAGCUCCACGAAGAGCGCCAGAAAAAUAGCACUUCUGGCAUUGUAAAGAGUGGGUUAGAGACAGCGCAAGACGCUAAGAGUGCUUCCGUAGUCAAGGUGGCCGCUGAACACGACGAGAGAAGGCCUGUCAAAGAGGCAUAACACCCAUAUAAAGGUGUAAAUGGAAAUCUACACUCGCUGCACGGCCUAUUUCCGACCUGAUGGCUACUCAAGACAGAAUCGCUAGCUUUCGAUUGUCUUGGACGGAUCGCGUCAUUAGGAGAAUCGCUACUCAACAUCUCGGCCAAACGCAGACGCGCCUUUGGCCAAUAGACAUCUAAUAGCAUCGAAUGCCAUGUAUACGCAUUGGGAUAAGUAGCUGCUAAGCCUGAUUGUGGGACCGCAUCGUUCCAAAAAUCUCACCUCUGUAUAGUUACAAUAAGCAUGUGUACAUACGUCUACAAAAAGAAGGAGUCAGGACUCAGCAUUUACGGAAGAUGUAUAACAUACGUCACGGCAUUCUCAUUGUAUAUCGUGUCGUUCGUAUUUCAGUCUCAACGUCACCACUUCUUCUCUUCUCUUUCA